GUAACGCAGUCCUGGCCGUGUGCAGCUUGGGCUCCCGCAGCCAUUGCAGCUUAGAGAGUUCCCCGCUUGUGUGUCACGGCGCAGGCUCGCUGUAGCGCAGCCGCUCUGAGUAAACAGCAAUGGAGGACCAUGCAGUUACCCAGACAGACAGCUUAACCACCAUUGAAGCCCAUACAGUGGCCCACUCUGUAGCCCAGCAGGUCCAACAGGUCCAUGUUGCCACAUACACAGACCACAACAUGCUGAGUGCUGAUGAAGAUUCUCCAUCCUCUCCCGAAGACACGUCCUAUGAUGAUUCAGAUAUCCUUAAUUCUACUGCUACAGAUGAGAUUACGGCUCACUUGGCUGCAGCAGGGCCUGUUGGAAUGGCAGCUGCAGCCGCUGUGGCAACAGGAAAAAAACGUAAGAGGCCUCAUUUAUUUGAAUCUAACCCUUCCAUUCGGAAGCGGCAACAAACACGCCUACUCAGGAAACUGAGAGCAACUCUGGAUGAGUAUACCACAAGAGUAGGACAGCAGGCUAUUGUCCUCUGCAUCUCUCCAUCCAAGCCAAACCCUGUUUUUAAAGUGUUUGGAGCAGCUCCUCUAGAGAACGUGGUUCGCAAGUAUAAGAGUAUGAUCCUGGAGGACCUGGAGUCUGCUCUGGCAGAACAUGCCCCAGUACAACAGGACAUCAACUCAGACCUUCCCCCUCUCACUAUUGAUGGUAUACCAGUGUCUGUUGAUAAGAUGACACAGGCCCAGCUCCGAGCAUUUAUCCCUGAGAUGCUGAAGUAUUCUACAGGAAGGGGAAAACCUGGGUGGGGCAAAGAGAGCUGUAAGCCACUCUGGUGGCCGGAUGAUAUCCCUUGGGCUAAUGUUCGUAGUGAUGUCCGCACAGAGGAACAGAAACAGAGAGUUUCCUGGACUCAAGCACUACGAACAAUUGUAAAGAAUUGCUACAAGCAUCAUGGGAGAGAGGACCUUUUAUAUGCAUUUGAAGAUUCACAAGCACCACAAUUGACGACAGCACAUGGAAUUGCACACCUAAUGCCUUCACAGACUGUGGUACAGACUAUCAGUAACCCAGAUGGCACAGUGUCCCUCAUUCAGGUUGGCACAGGGGCUACUGUUGCAACUCUUGCAGAUGCAUCUGAACUUCCAACAACCGUAACAGUUGCACAAGUUAACUACUCUACAGUCAGUGAUGGUGAGGUGGAGCAGAACUGGGCAACGCUACAAGGGGGAGAGAUGACCAUCCAGACAACACAGGCAUCGGAGGCGACCCAAGCAGUAGCAUCCUUGGCAGAAGCAGCAGUGGCAGCAUCACAUGAUAUGGCACCAGGAGCAACCGUGACAAUGGCAUUGAACAGUGAAGCUGCGGCACAUGCUGUAGCCACCCUAGCCGAAGCCACCCUGCAGGGGGGAGGACAGAUUGUUUUAUCUGGAGAAACUGCAGCAGCUGUUGGAGCCCUGACCGGAGUGCAGGAUGCUAAUGGUACAAUUUGGAAAAGAAUUGUGAUGAAGGAGAGUGAUGGCAGAAAUAAAGGUCUAGUCCAGAUUCCUGUCAGUAUGUACCAGACUGUGGUCACCAGCCUUACCCAGGGUAAUGGGCCUGUCCAAGUGGCAAUGGCACCAGUCACUGCAAGAAUAUCUGACUCUACAAUGACGGUGGAUGGGCAGGCAGUGGAGGUAGUGACAUUGGAGCAAUGACUGUCGGGCCCUGGAGAACACGUUAUAUGAUCUUUGAGUACACAAAGUUCUAAGGAGUUCUUCCGGGCAUCAACAAAACAUGCACACUUUUGGUGUGACAGAAAGGCUUACCAAAAGUCAGAGACAUAUUUUUAUCAUUGAACUUUGUGUAUAUAUAUAUAUAUAUAUAUUCCCAUGUGCUGGUCUUGUUCUUUCCUUAAAAUGUUUAAUUUAUUUCAUAAAAAACAAAACAAAAUAUGUUUCCGGUUUAAAAUUCUAAGCUCGGGGAAGGUCACACAGCUCACUGAUGGGCAGCAAACCCAUGGCUGAUGCCUUCAUCUUGUAUUUAUAAACUGCUUUAUCCCAGAUAUCUGCCCAUAACACAGAUGAGUUUAGAAGCAAAGCUUUCGUAGUAUCCCUGGGAGCAGGGUCUGGGUGUUUUAGUAAUACCAUCAUUAAAUUCUCAUUUGUGCAUCAGAUUUGCUGAUCACCUGUAACUAGCAUGGCAGUUCUGCUGAAGGAACAGUCAUAGCUUGCUUCCUUUUUUCAUGUUCUCUAAUGGCGUGUCCAACCUGCAAUGGGCAGGAUUUGUAACAAAGAGCAUGGAAUCACUACAUAUAAGCAUGGUGCCUUCUAGCAAAACAACGAGAGUAAGGGCAGAUGUUGAACGGUGUUGUUUUUGGGAGACCAUCAUGUUUCUAGCUGAAUGGAAAUCUGUUAAAUGAGGCUGAGCAUGUUGUGAGACUCCUCGGGGGAUACAGUGGCUCCCUUAUUUAUAUCUCUAGUCUCCUCUAUGGACAGUCCAUAGUGGUAUAACAAAUAAAAGCCACAGGACAACCAGAAUUGCACUAAAUGAUUUGUUUAAAUGUUUCAUUGUAUCCAGCCACAUUAUCUAGGUCAUGUGGUAGUGGAAACACUGGCAGUUUUGGUUUGGCAGGUGCCGGUAUGCACUGGGAAUGUGGCUGAUAAGGCUGGCACAUCUGUUCAUACUUCUAGUUGGAGUGACACGGUGGAGUUUUUUGUUUUUGUAUAAAAACUCUACAGAGCAAUCCUUUGGCAAAUUCCCCAGAUAUUUUGGCUUUUUAUGUACCAAAAUGAUUGCAGUUUGUUUCUCUUAGGUAUUUGAAAAGGGAAAAACAGUGAUUAUCUUUGGUUUCUUUUUAGAACGUCAUGCUUAGCUUUGCUUCCUAACGAUUUCAGAGCAGGUGAUCAUGGUUAAAGCCAUUCACUAAAGAGUGAUUGGUAAAUAGAAAUGGAAAAGACUUAUGCUGAUAAAGCUGUCAAAACACCCCGUGUGUCAUCUGUUUCUUUCUAUCUGUAGGAAACAUUGGUCUUGAAGCACGUGUAGCAGUAACAGGUGGUUCUCAACUGGGAAACGGAGUAUUUUGAGCUGAGGCCUACGCUCCUCCACCCGUGCUUAAACAAGUUUCCCUUACAUUAAUAUGGAAAGUGGUAACGGACCAGUGGUAUUUUGGCUGCUGCAUUUUCUUGUGUUAUGGCAGAACAGGCCAUGUGAUCUUAUCCUUAGUCCUCUAGUCCCACUGUUGAUCUUUCAUUUACUAAAUACAACAACAAUAUAUGCUAUCCUUUUAAAUAAUGUUCAUUUGAAAGCUAAAUUCCACAUAGGUUCUGUUUAUAUCUUGUUUUUAACUGUCCCAUCAUGAGUAGAAGAUACAUACUGUAAGGAGACAAUUCUUCACUGGAACACUGUGCUCUUGUCACAAGAGUUGGACCCUUUUCACUUGUUUUCGAAAAUGAUUAUCUCCCUAAAAUAAACCUUUUAAAAAUCCUAUAAAAGCAAGAGGUUUGAAUAAUAUGAGAGGUGAGGGUCUUAGGGGCAUGGGGGUAAUUUUGGGGGGGCACGCAUUUUAGUGGGUUCUGCCAAAUGGUUGCACUGAUUUCUUCCUUUGUUUUUGUUUGUUUUCUCGCACAAUUUGUGUUUGUUGGGAACAAUUGGAUCAAACCAGCCAGACUUCAGUAAAUAAAAAGAAAUGAUCCCAUGGUACAAAUAUAUCUCUCACCUGCAUUUUAAAAUAAUCGGUAAAUACAUUUUGUUUACAUUGAUUCAGAUCGGAUAUUUUCAUUACAGGCUCUGUAUUCUUAUUUCUCCAUCUACGUGUAUGACAUUUUAACCCAUUAUCGACUGAUCAUUUGAAAUCUUUUGAUGUAAAUGACAUUUUCACAGCAAAAUUAAUUUCAACCCCAUAAUACGCUUAUUGGACUUAAGUAUUAAAGUAUUAAGUAUUAAAAAUGUAUGCGAGCGCUUGCAAUGGCCAACACUGUUUCAUUAAGCAAUUUCCAUUAUUAAAGGUAUAUAAUUAGCACCACGAUUCCCUGCUAACAGCUGAAUUUUUUUAUUUUGGAGAUUCAUGUAGUUUGAUGUGCUCCUAGAAUUUUAGCCAGUAAGUUAAGUUUGAGACAAUUGUAAAACGUUGCCUCCAAAAUAUAGUCCAGACUUGCAUGUGUCAAACCUUACCUCCUGUCUGGCUUUCUGUCCCUGUCCCAAAACAAAGCAAAAGAAUCAAUAGCACCAGGGCGAGGAAGUGAUGUGAACUAUAUAUCAGUCCCUUAUCUUCUGGUUUUGUUUUCUCAAAUGACAUAUAACCUGUAUAGCAAUAGUUUUUGUGUAUGUUUAGGGUAACAUUUAUAUAUAAAUAUGCCAGGUCUAGCUUGUUAAACUUUUUUUUUAUCAGUGUUGUCCGUUUCCAAUGACUUAUUUGUUUAAUGCAACUAAAAUUUUACUGCAAGAAACUUUAUAAACUGUUCUAAGUUGUCCGAUUAAUUUCUCCAGUCUUUCAGUGUGCAUUGAGCAAAUAAAUUGUUCAACAGA